AUGGUUCGAAUUCGAAAUAUCCCGUUCAUUGGCAGAUUUGCCAAAGUAGACGAUGGCCGACCUCCAUUUCCUACACAACAGCUCUUCAUAUUAGGUCUCUGCCGGAUAUGUGAACCUAUUGCUUUUAUGUCCAUCUUUCCAUAUGUUUACUAUAUGGUUGCCAAUUUCAAUGUCACUAACGAUGACCGGAAGAUUGCUCUCUAUGCUGGCAUCGUUACUUCUGCAUUCACUCUCGCUGAAUUUUCCACUGGCAUGCUCUGGGGCCGCGUGAGUGAUGCUAUCGGCCGGAAACCUGUUCUUAUUAUGGGUCUCGUGGGUACGGCUCUUAGCAUGAUGGUAUUCGGGUUUGCUUCCAGCCUUCCGAUGGCCCUCAUGGCUCGAGCUCUCGGUGGUUUACUCAAUGGGAACAUCGGCGUUCUGCAAACCACAGUCGCGGAGCUCGUCACGGACAAGGAACAUCAACCGCGAGCUUAUUCCAUCAUGCCUUUCGUCUGGUGUUUGGGAUCGAUCAUUGGGCCCGCCAUUGGAGGUGCCCUAGCUAAACCGUGCGACAGCUACCCAUCGCUUUUCCCUCGCGAUGGUAUCUUCAGCCGAUACCCAUUUCUGCUUCCGAACUUAGUUUGCGUCACUGUACUUCUUGCUGGUAUCACGAUCGGAAUCCUUUUCCUGGAAGAGACCCAUGUCGAAAAGAAACUCCAGCGUGACAGGGGCCGGGAGCUCGGAAAGUACCUGGUGGCGAAAUUCUUCAGGGGUGACGACGUGGCGAGGGAAAUGAAAAAUACGAGCGGUACCGACGACGAGGACGCUAAGCCCUUCUUAUUCCAUGACGACCCUCCGCCAGGUUACGAAAGUCUCGAAGACCCUGAUGUCCAUGAUGCUCCGGCACCUAAGGCAGCAGUAGCCUUGCCGGUGCAAUCAAAGCAGAGUAAAGGGUUCAUCAAGGCCUUUACUCCAAAAGUGAAAUAUGUGAUUCUCGGAUAUGGACUUCUCGCCUACCAUAGCGUGAGUUUCGAUCAGCUCAUGCCGGUCUUUUUGAGUACACCCGUUUCCAACGUGCCGGUUGAACUCCCCUUUAAGUUCCUAGGAGGAUUGGCUCUUUCCACCAAAACAAUUGGAUUCAUGCUUGCCAUACAGGGAAUUUACUCGAUGAUAGCGCAGCUUGUUCUAUUUCCAUUCGUUGUUCGAUCCUUCGGCACCCUUAAUACCUACCGAUUCGUCUUGAUUGUUUGGCCCAUCCUCUACUUGGCAGUGCCGUACCUCGUCCUUCUCCCCGAAGCUUUUCGACUACCAGCAGCCUAUAUCGCUCUGAUUUGCAAAAUCACGCUUCAUGUUAUCGCGUUCCCUUCUAACGCCAUUCUUCUCGCCAACUCUGCACCAUCAACGACCGUAUUAGGAUCCAUCAAUGGCGUGGCGGCCUCUACUGCUAGCUUGAGCAGAGCAUUGGGUCCAACAGUAACUGGAUUCCUACACUCGAAAGGCUUGGAACAUAGACUUUCCAUUCUUUCAUGGUGGGCCUGUGGUCUUAUCUGUGCUCUAGGUGCCUUUGAAAGCUUCUGGAUAGAACAGGAUAGCCCCAAACCUGCUCCUCAAGUGGGAGACCCGGAGAAGUCGGUGAAGCUAGACAUUGAUGAUUGCGAAGCCGGAUUGCAGUAUGAGGCAUCAAACUCUACUGUUAAUAAGGCCGGAUUCCUUUCAACGCAAUCUAGGGAACACACAACUACUGACCCCAAGGUCUAA